AUGGAGGGCAACAAGGACGACGCGGCCAAGUGCCUGCGCAUCGGCAAGGGCGCGCUCGACGCCGGCGACCGCGCGCGCGCCAUCAAGUUCCUGUCCAAGGCAAAGCGCCUCGACCCCUCGCUGCCCAUCGACGACCUCCUCACCUCCCUUCUCAAUCCCCAAGAUGACUCCUCGGCUUCCUCGUCAUCAUCUCAGCCGCCGCCUCCACCACCGGAAACUGCUGCAGCAGGGGCAUCGGAGGCAGAUGAGGCUGAUGGUCUGAGAGAGAGGAAGCACAAGGGCAAGAAGAGGGAGGAGGAGGAGGAGGCGACUCCUGCUGCCAGGGAGUACACGGCAGAGCAGCUCGAGGUCGUGCGCCAGGUCAAGAAGCACACCAGGGACUACUACCAGAUCCUCGGCCUGGAAAAGGACUGCAGUGUCGAGGACGUGCGCAAGGCCUACCGGAAGCUCUCCCUCAAGGUGCACCCCGACAAGAACAAGGCUCCUGGUGCAGAGGACGCCUUCAAGGCCAUCUCCAAGGCCUUCCAGUGCCUGAGCGAUGCCGAGAGCCGCAAGCGUUAUGACCUUGUUGGCUCAGAUGAGCCAGUAACGCACCACAGGAGGGCCUCCACUGCCCGUGCAUACAAUGGGUUCUACGAGGAUGACUUUGACCCAGAUGAGAUAUUCAGAAACUUCUUCUUUGGUGGUAUGGCGCCUGCGACCACCAGGCAGUUUGGACAGUUUGGAACCUUCCAUUUCAGGACUGGUGGGAUGCAUGCCCAUGCCGCACAAAAUUCUGGUGGCUCAACUGUCAGGAUGCUUAUUCAGCUGUUGCCAGUCCUACUGCUGCUGUUGCUCAACUUCCUGCCAUCCUCUGAGCCUGUCUACUCGCUGUCCCGUUCCUACCCUUAUGAGCAUAAGUUCCAAACCCCACGUGGAGUUGCAUACUAUGUCAAGAUGUCUAAUUUUGAGGAGCAGUAUCCACACCAAAGCACUGAGCGAGCGACGCUGGAGCGGCAUGUUGAGAGGGAUUAUUACUCCAUAAUAACGCAGAAUUGCAGGGUCGAGCUGCAGCGUCGCCAAUGGGGGCUGUCAUACCAGACACCACAUUGUGAUAUGCUUCAAAAGUUUGAGGCUGCAGCACAAUAA